AGGAACGUGGGCAGCGGAUCUUGAAACUAGAGGAACGAAGUUUGAACCUGAAGAUCCUCCGGCAACCCGCGUAGCAUCUGAAGAACAAGUUGAUUUUGUGAUAACGGCGCAUCAACAUCGUCUAACCAAUCGGCGAUGUUGAAGAGAUUUUGACAAUAAGUAGCCAUAGGGGUGUUCCCUUUGACGGUAGUACGGAAUUGGUGCUCGAGUUGCAUGGCACGAGCGUGUUUAUUGUUGUGAAAGAGAUCAUGAAUCACCUUCCAGAGAGAGGCUGCAGAGGUGGUGGAAGAGAUGACAAGGUCCGAAACUCUGUCGGUGAUUGUGGAGAGAAUCCAGCCUUGAAGAAGAGCAUCUAGUUGAAACCAUUCAUCGUCGUUGUCGGAGGUGGGGACGACGGACCCAUAGAUGUAACCAUGGAGAUUGAAGCGCCGAACGAGUAGAAGAAACAAUCGGCUCCACUUUUUGUAAUUAGGUUAAGAAAAGCUUAGUUGAAUGGGGACAUGGAGUUUGACAUUAGAGAUGGUGGUGAAGGCAAGAUGUGGGGAUUUAGAGGUGGUGUUUGGGGACGUAACUUCGCCGUCUGUCAUGGUGAUUGGGGGAGGAUGCCGGCGGCAGGAGGCUGCCGAGAGAGAGAGAGAGAGACCGGCGGCUGUGUGAGGGUGAGCCGAGAGGGAGGCCGGCGCAGAGACAAUGCUUCAACCGAGAAGCUGUCCAAAGGCCAAGGAGAUGGUGCUUCAACCGCCGAGUUGUCCAAAGGAUUAUGCUUCAAAGAUUAUGCUCCCGAGAAGCUGUCCAAGGAUUAUGCAAAGAUUUGUUGAUGUCGAAAUUAAGAAAAUGAACAUAAGGAGCUGCUAUUUCUCAUUUCGUAAAUCCUGCUUUUCUAUAGAAAGAGAAGGACCAUGUAAAGGGUUUGCACCUUAGGGUGGACUCUAGCUACAACAAAUGUUGAGGACCUCAAGGAAAAAAGAAAGAAAGUGGAUUCCUAUUUCAAACACUUAUUUUGUCCCAAAAACAAGCCGGUUUAAUCCAACAGAUUUAAUUUUAGCUUUUCACACUUAAAUUCUAAUUUUCAUCUUCCAGGUUGAAACUUCUAUGAUACUUGGCUUUCAGCAUUAUUCUACUUCUGUUCAUUUAAGCCUAGUUGGUGGCAUAUUUGCUGAGAUUGUGAACCAAAAACCGCAUUUCCCAGGUCACUCAGAGAUUGUUGAACUCUUCCAGAUUUGUAGGAUCAAAACAAUUUGUCCUGCAUUUUUUCCAUGAAUCAUCUUUGCUUUCAAGAGACGGUUGCCAAGCCUUAGAGGGAAAAAGAUAGAUUUUAGUGCAUCUUAUAUAUGUGUGGACAUGGAGGGCAAGAAUUGAGAUUUUUGGUUUCUUCCACUUGUAAUGGGUACUUGUCAUUUACUGUAUGGACCAUGUUUCAUGGUUCUUACUGUUAUUCAAUGUUUGUUUAAAUAAUGUAUCUUGGCUUGGCAGUAGGGAAUUUCAUUCAAUUCUUGCAGCCAUGGUGGUCUUCUCAUUUGGAUUUGGAAUAAAUUGAACAAAAAAUU